CUCGCGAGCCUCGGUGAAAGGAUUUGGCGCCAGGCGGGUCUCUCUUCUGCAGCUGCCGCAGCCACCCGAGCCAGCCACCUCCGCCCAGACCGCAUCGAGUCCUUGCAGCCGCCGCCAUGAGCUGCUCCCCGGUGAACGUGAAGAAGCUGAAGGUGUCGGAGCUGAAGGAGGAGCUGAAGAAGCGGCGCCUCUCCGACAGGGGCCUCAAGGCCGAGCUCAUGGAGCGGCUCCAGACCGCGCUCGACCAGGAGGAGGCCGGCGGGGGAGGCCUGGCCGGCGGAGAACCCGGCAACGGCAACGCGGAGGAGAUGGGCGAGGCCGCUCCGGGCAGCGGCGGAGCCCAGGAGGAGGACCUGGCCCUGGGAGGAGGAGGAGGAGGAGGCCCCGACCAGGCCGCGGCGUGCGACGACGAUGAGGAGGCCGAGUUCGGCGCCUGCCCCGGGGAAGAGGAGGAGGAGGAGGGCAUGGAGCUGGGCGAGGAGAACGGCGAAGGGGUGACGGCCGGAGACGAGGAGGCGGCCGAAGACCUGGAGGACGACGAGAAUGGCGACGACCAGGGCUUCCAGGAAGGGGAGGACGAGGAGGAAGAGGCCGCCGCCGGCGCCGCCACCGCAGCCACCACUAGCAGCGGCGGCGGCGGCAACGCUAACGGCCACGGCGCCCAGCAGCAGCAGCAGCAGCACGGCGCCGCGGCCAAGGAGGCUGCCGGGAAAGGCGCUGCUGCCUCGGAGGCCUCGGCCUCGACUCCGGCCUCCUCGGCCCAGCCCGGCGCGAAGCAGCUGUCACCCGCCCAGCAGCAGAAGCCCGGCGGGCCUGCUCGUCCUGGGGGAGAAGCUAAAGCUGAGCAAAAACCUGGUGAGAAAAAAAGGGGAGUUAAGCGGCCACGUGAAGACCAUGGGCGAGGGUAUUUUGAGUAUAUUGAAGAAAACAAAUACAGCAGGGCAAAGUCUCCUCAGCCACCUGUUGAAGAGGAGGAUGAACACUUUGAUGACACAAUGGUUUGUCUUGAUACUUAUAACUGUGAUCUACACUUCAAAAUUUCAAGAGAUCGUUUUAGUGCUUCCUCAUUGACAAUGGAAAGUUUUGCCUUUCUUUGGGCUGGAGGGAGAGCAUCCUAUGGAGUUUCUAAAGGAAAAGUCUGUUUUGAGAUGAAGGUAACUGAAAAGAUCCCUGUCAAGCACCUGUAUACAAAAGACAUUGACAUACAUGAAGUGAGAGUUGGCUGGUCACUGAACACAAGUGGGAUGCUGCUUGGUGAGGAAGAGUUUUCUUACGGAUACUCCUUGAAAGGAAUAAAGACAUGUAAUUGUGAGAUUGAAGACUUUGGUGAGAAAUUUGAUGAAAAUGAUGUGAUCGGAUGUUUUGCUAAUUUUGAUGGUGAUGAAGUGGAACUUUCUUACUCAAAGAAUGGACAGGAACUUGGAGUUGCUUUCAAAAUCAGCAAGGAAGUUCUUUCUGAAAAGCCCAUUUUCCCCCAUGUUCUCUGCCAUAACUGUGCUGUUGAAUUUAACUUUGGCCAGAAGGAUGAGCCGUACUUCCCCAUACCAGAGGGGUACACCUUCAUCCAGAAUGUUCCCUUGGAAGAUAGAGUUAGAGGACCCAAGGGACCAGAGCACAAGAAAGAAUGUGAAGUGGUAAUGAUGAUUGGCUUGCCUGGUGCUGGGAAGACUACAUGGGUUACCAAACAUGCAGCAGAGAACCCUGGGAAGUACAAUAUCCUUGGAACAAAUACUAUUAUGGACAAAAUGAUGGUUGCAGGUUUUAAGCGGCAAAUGGCUGAUACUGGAAAACUCAACACACUGUUGCAGAGAGCACCACAGUGUCUUGGCAAGUUUAUUGAGAUUGCUGCGCGUAAGAAACGGAACUUUAUUCUGGAUCAGACAAAUGUGUCUGCAGCUGCGCAGAGGAGAAAAAUGUGCCUGUUUGCAGGCUUCCAGCGCAAAGCAGUUGUUGUUUGCCCAAAAGAUGAAGACUACAAGCAAAGAACACAAAAGAAGGCAGAGGUGGAGGGAAAAGAUCUUCCAGAGCAUGCAGUGCUCAAAAUGAAAGGAAAUUUUACUCUGCCAGAGGUGUCAGAAUGUUUUGAUGAAAUAAUCUACGUAGAGUUGCAAAAAGAAGAAGCCAGAAGCUUCUGGAGCAGUACAAAGAAGAAAGCAAGAAGGCCCUCCCUCCAGAGAAAAAACAGAACACUGGUUCAAAGAAAAGUAACAAAAGAGUGGUAAAAACCAGUUUAACAGAGGUGGACAGAGAGGACGUGGUGGAUU